UCGUCUCUUUCUCUCUUCUGUACUGUUGAGUAACGCUCACUCACACGAUACAGUCUCUCUCUCCCUCUUCGGCCUCGCCGGAAAUUAUGCAGAACACCGAGGGAGAUGACGAUGACGACUUCCAGAUCCCUCCUUCCACUCAGCUUUCUAUUCGAAAACCCCUCCACCCAACCAACGCUUACAUCUCUCACCGGCGCCCUCCCAAGAAGAAGCCCAGACUAAGCCUUAAUCCUGGAAAGGAGAAUGUUGCUCCGCCUCCUGAAUUUAGCUCCGACCCGGAUUUCUCUUCUGGGAAUUAUGCUCUGACUUCGGAUCUUCUCGGCUCGUCUUCUACUCCAGACUGUAGCUUAUUAGACUGUAUUCCAUCGAGUGUUGAUUGUUCGGGAGGAGAUGUAAGUGAGCCUAUUUUUGUGGAAACAGAAGACGAGCAUCUUUUGGCUGAUGAAAAGGUGAGGGAUGACUGUUUCAAGGCGAAUCGUGAGGGUUAUUUGUGCAAUUCGAUGGAGGCUAGGUUAUCGAAGUCGAGAAUUCGUCUCAGGUUUGAUGGUGGAAUCCACGAGGAAGAUGAAGUGUUUGUUGAGCCCGACACUGAGCUCGACGUGUUGAUAAAGCUUUGCUCUGAGGGUAACAGUGGAGAGUGUAGUUUAGGCAAGAACGAUUUGAUUCAGUGCCCACUGUGUUCAAUGGAUAUCUCAGAUUUGAGUGAGGAACAGAGACAAUUUCACAGCAGUGAGUGUCUUGACAAGUCGCAUAAUCAUGCUCUUCAGCAAGGUUCCCCGAGGAAAUGCGAGAAUUCGUCUUCUUGUAUUGAGGAAUCUGUUGAUGAUCCAGUUCGGCAUCCACAGCUAGUUAAUGAUCUCUCUCCGGUGCUUAAAUGGCUUAGGAGUCUAGGUUUAGCUAAAUAUGAAGAUGUUUUCCUUCGCGAAGAGAUCGACUGGGAUACCCUUCAGUCACUCACGGAGGAGGAUCUCCUGAGCAUAGGUAUUUCGUCACUUGGUCCCAGAAAGAAGAUUGUGAAUGCACUUAGCGCACUUAGAGAAGAAGCCUGUGCAUCUUCAGCUCAAGGGCAGGCACAUUCUCUUAUUAGCCAUGUUACAGAGAGACUGAGGGAGAAGUCAACCAAUCGUAAGGCAAGUGAGCCCAAAAAACCAACUGCCAACAAGUUGAUUACAGAAUUUUUCCCUGGUCAGGCUACUGAUAGCACGAAGAUCCGGAAGCCCCCUAAAGAACCUUCCACAGAGAAGAGCCCUUCAGAUUCUGGCGGGAGACGUGCUGUGAGAAGAAAUAGCAACAGUGGAAAAUCUAAAGUUAUUCCACAUUGGAAUUGCAUUCCGGGGACACCCUUUCGAGUGGACGCAUUCAAGUACCUCACACGCAAUUGUUGCCAUUGGUUUCUUACACACUUUCAUCUUGAUCAUUAUCAAGGUCUGACAAAGUCAUUUACGCAUGGGAAGAUAUACUGUUCCUUAGUUACCGCAAAGCUGGUAAAUAUGAAGAUUGGGAUCCCUUGGGAGAGACUGCAUGUCCUGCACCUUGGCCAGAAGGUGAGUAUUGCGGGCAUUGAUGUGACAUGCUUUGAUGCAAACCACUGCCCGGGAUCCAUCAUGAUACUCUUUGAACCAGCUAACGGUAAGGCUGUUCUACAUACGGGUGACUUCCGGUAUGGUGAAGAGAUGUCAAACUGGCUGAUGGGUUCGCAUAUCCACUCUCUUAUCCUUGAUACUACUUACUGUAACCCCCAGUAUGACUUUCCAAAGCAAGAGACUGUAAUACAGUUUGUUGUUGAGGCUAUUCAAGCGGAAGCCUUUAAUCCCAAGACCCUUUUCUUAAUAGGAAGUUACACCAUCGGUAAGGAGAGGCUGUUCUUGGAAGUUGCACGCGUGCUACGUGAAAAGAUCUACAUCAAUCCUUCAAAACUAAAACUUCUGGAGUGCUUGGGAUUCUCGAAGGAAGAUAUGCAGUGGUUUACAGUGAAGGAAGAGGAGAGCCACAUUCACGUUGUGCCCUUGUGGACGCUUGCCAGUUUCAAACGGCUGAAGCAUAUAGCUAACCGAUACACAAACCGAUACAGCCUUAUCGUUGCAUUCUCUCCCACUGGCUGGACAUCGGGUAAGACCAAAAAGAAGUCUCCAGGAAGAAGGUUACAACAGGGUACAAUAAUAAGGUACGAGGUUCCUUACAGUGAGCAUAGCAGCUUCACUGAGCUGAAAGAGUUUGUGCAACAAGUGUCGCCUGAAGUUAUCAUACCGAGUGUUAACAACGAUGUACCUGACUCUGCAGCUGCAAUGGUGUCAAUGUUGGUUACUUGAUCGCUGUUUUACAUUUGCGAUUAAGCUGAUUGGCUGCUCAGGUUUGCAACAAAGGGAAGCCUCCUUGGCUACCAAUUUGAGCAGAGUGUCAAAGAUCGAUGAAGGAAAUAGAUAGUAUCAUGUUCUAGUUAAAGGUAGCAAUGUAACCACGUGAUUAUGUAUUGUUUAUAACUCGCGAACUCCGAAGGAUUGCUGUCAUGAAAUGUUUUCUAUAUAUCAACUUCUUUUGUCU